AUGGAUGAAAGUACUGAGCCUGCCCGUGAAGGCGAUUUGUCUACGGUUGCUCAGGCACUGGACUCUAGUGCCGCUGAAGAGCCUACCAAGCCUACUGAAGCCAUGACUGGCGACGGUGUUACUGCUAACCUUGGCCCAACCAUCCCGGACCAAGAGCAUGGUGAAGCUACCAAGGAAGGACCCGUCACCUCUUCUCCGGAGUCGGGUGCUAAAUCGCGCCGAACAUCUCCAAAGUAUGCUCGUGUUCGUUUUAUUGAUCCAGUCACUCCUGCGAAGCCUGAGCCCAAGAAGUCGGAGGUUGUAUCCCAGACUGAGCAUAAUAUCGAGGAGCCUUUGGCUAGUUUGGAACAGGAGCCUAACAAGCAUGUUGCCCAGGUUCUAGCCGAAGCUGACCUUGGAUGCGCUUUGCCGAAGGCAAUUGAUUUUGCCAUCGUUACAAAGAAGCCAGAGAAUACUACAGACACCUCGGGUGUGAAGGAUGGUGCAGUCUCGGAGAAAGCGCCCCAGAUUGGAUUCAAGCAUGACCCCGACGAGGAAAAGGUUCUCGCAAAUGUGGAACUUGACGAUGGUUCUUCUUCGAAGAAGAAGAAAAAGAAGAAUAAGAGGCGCCCCAAGAGUCAAAGAGGAGAGAACGCACCGUCUGGAUUUGAACCCUUCUAUGCCGAUGCACCGAUGACUCCAAACGAGUUCGAGGAGAACAAGACCAUCUAUGAUCCUGCUUUGCCCAUUCUUGAUCGAAUUGACGAGGGCAUCAAGCGCUUCUUGUACAAGCGACGUCUUGAGCCCUACAGACGCAAGGUUUUUCUCAAAUACCUACAGUACGGCGGUGUCAGCGUGGGCCCCAAACAUUCCCAGGGAGUGACUCCUUCGGAAUUGAAGGAAAUGACCAAAGAAGAGGCAAUGGACGCCCGCUGCACCACGGCCAUAUUUCCCAAGAUGGGAAAACCGUACCCAAUCUCCUUCAACGAUGUUGCCACUGGCUACCUGACUGGGUACUACAUGGGCUACUACAAUCCUGAUACCGAGGAGGAGAUCAAAAUAUGCACUGAUACAAUGAAGAAUUUCUUCUCGUACCUGCUCUACCACAAUGUUUGCCCCGAGCAGAAGGAGGAUCUUGAGGAAGCCCGACGAACCUGCGAUCGGUCUGCCAAGGAGUUGUGGAUGAACCAGCAACUUGUGCAUCAUCAAGGCCCCGGAGACUUCAACCGCGGUUGCUCCGUGCUGUUUGGUGGUUACUACUUCGAGGAUGUGGAUGACCCCGAGGCCUGGACAAACGUUCGAUAUGCUGAUCAAAAGGUCUUCACCACUGAAAUGGCUCGCAAAGUCGUCAAAUACGCAAUUGCAAUUGCCGGAAAUGACCGGACUGCCCAAAAAUUCAAGAUUCUGGCUGACAUGGACAUGAUCGAAGCCAAGCAGGUACCAGACAUCGAUGGCUUUGAGGUAAUCUCUUUGGAGGAACCUACCGAGGAAACCAUCGCAUACUACAGGGAGCUGGGCCCCGAUCUCACCCCCGUGGGCAAGAUUCGAGCCAAAGAAUUCCGUGAUCCCGCCAGAGGUCCCUUUGACCUCACUCCCUGGGAAAAGAUUGAUUGGGAUGCUGGUUUUGCCCCGACCUAUGAGUUCGAAUUUCUCGUCGAAGCUCAUCUGUUUGUCCAUAUCUUGCCCGGUAUGAAGAUUAUCACGGAUGUCUAUGAGACCAACUUCGGACAGUACUACUUUGAUGAAAUUCUGUCGGUCCUGCCAAGUUUCUACAAGUUCAUGUACAAUGACUGGAUGAUGGACUACGUGGAGCCCAUGCCUAUUGACUUCAUCCCCGACGAGGAGGAAGUCGCACGCCGCCGCGCAAAGGAGUCUAUUAUGCGCCCUCCCGAGCCCACCCCGGCUGAGUGGGCUAUGCACAUGAUAACCCACGAGUUGGACUUUAAUGUCCAGCCCGGUCAGGAUGCCAUGGUCGCUGUCUGGGAGAUGAUUCAUGCCCUUGAGAACUUCGGCUGGGACUUGGAGGAAGUCGAAGACUUGAUGGGCUUGGUGGAUCCGAAUCCGCAGAAAGGCAAGGGAAAGUCGACUGAGGGAGAGCAGUCCAACACGCGUCUUAGCAAUGAGCCCUACAACAUUCCCUUUGAUGAGACCCCCAAGGAGGCCCUUGAUCGGACUAUCAAUCAUUUCCAGAAUCCACAAAGGAUCAAGCCUGUUAUCGCGCCGGAUGUCAUUGCGAAGUUCCUGAAGGAGAAAAAGGAGAAGAUAGAAAAGGAACAGUCCAAGCGAGGAGCCCAGACUUCGGAUGCGCAGAAGAUUGGGAAGAACAAGGAGCCCGAGGGACAUCUCAGCCUGGGACAAACAGACAGCCAAGCGACUCAGACUUCGGAUAAGCUGGAAGGUGCGAAGAUCCAGGGACCUGAAGGACAUCCCAGCCAAGGACCAUCAGAGACUCCGAAGGAGCAAGUUGUUGAGAAGAACGAGGAAAUCAAGGGUGAACUGGAGGGGAAGAAUCAGUGA